AUGGGCCUGGGGCUGACCUCAAGCAGCAGUGAGGGGCCCUCCUGGCCCUUUCUAGGGGCCGUGGUCGUCACCGUGCAGGGGCAGCCCCCGCAGGUGCAGCCGCUGCAGCUGCUGGACGCCUCCUGGUACCUGCCCAAGCUGGGCCGCGACGCGCGCCGCGAGUUCGAGGAGCGGCACAUCCCGGGGGCGGCCUUUUUUGACAUCGACCAGUGCAGCGACCGCACCUCGCCCUACGACCACAUGCUGCCCAGCGCCGCACACUUCGCGGAGUACGUGGGCCACCUGGGCGUGGGCGCCGACACCCACGUGGUGGUUUACGACGCCAGCGACCAGGGCCUGUACGCGGCGCCGCGCGUCUGGUGGAUGUUCCGCGUGUUUGGCCACCGCGCCGUGUCCCUGCUGGACGACCUGGAGUCCCGGCGCUUCCAGGUGGUGGACGCCCGAGCCGCCGGCCGCGCCCAGGGCACCGAGCCGGAGCCCCGAGACGGCAUCGAACCUGGCCACAUCCCCGGCACCGUGAAUAUCCCCUUCACGGACUUCAUGACCACGGAGGGCCUGGAGAAGACGCCCGAGGAGAUCCGCCGCAUGUUCCAGGACAAGAAGGUGGACCUGUCCCAGCCUCUGGUGGCCACGUGUGGCUCCGGCGUCACAGCCUGCCACGUGGCACUGGGGGCCUACCUCUGCGGCAAGCCCGACGUGGCCAUCUACGACGGCUCCUGGGUGGAGUGGUACAUGCGGGCCCAGCCCGAGGAGGUCAUCUCCGAGGGCCGGGGGAAGACCCGCUGAGAUGGGCGGGAUGUGACACGGGAAUCUCCGGUGACGCCGGCCACCAGCUGUGCCCAGCCUGCUUGUUCUCAAGCUGUUUUCACCAGAAAAGCAUCUCUUCCUCCAACUCAGGCGGCGCAGGGGGUGACAUCCCAGAGGCCAGGAGUUCUUUUGACUGGUGGGCUCCCAGGAGAGAAGGUGGAGGAGGUGGUGGUGGGUAGGGGGGAGGGGGGGGCGCCACCCACAUGGUGCUGAGCUGGGCUCCACCUCCCUUCGGUUUCACUUUUGAGGAAAUAAAACAGCCACGUGCUAAGUGCUUCUAA